AUGGCGAACCUCAGAGCAGCCUGCAGAGCGCCUUUGCGCCAGCUCACUUCCCGCUCCACAGCUUCAAUUGCCACCAACCAUGCAAGAAUACAGAGGCAACAAUGGCGGGGCUAUGCGACGAGUAUGGAUGCACAGCAGAAGAUCCUCUCCCAGGAUCUUGAGCAGGCCGAUCCUACCGUCUACCAGAUCAUCAACAGGGAGAAGAACCGCCAGAAGCACUUCAUAAACCUGAUUCCUUCUGAAAACUUCACAUCACAAGCUGUGCUCGAUGCGCUCGGCAGUGUUAUGCAAAACAAGUACUCGGAAGGAUACCCGGGCGCGCGAUACUACGGAGGAAACGAGCACAUUGACGAGGCCGAGCGUCUAUGCCAGCAGAGAGCGCUCAAGGCAUUUGGUUUGAGCCCGGAUGAGUGGGGUGUCAACGUCCAGCCCCUCUCCGGAUCGCCCGCAAACCUCUACGCCUACUCCGCCGUUCUCAACACCCACGACCGUAUCCUCAGUCUCGACCUUCCCCAUGGCGGCCACCUGUCGCAUGGUUACCAAACACCUACCAAGAAGAUCUCCGCCGUGUCCAAAUACUACGAAACCCUCCCAUACAGGCUCGAUGAGAAGACCGGUAUCAUUGACUACGCAAAGAUGUCGGAAUUGGCACAUCUGUACAGGCCCAAGGUCAUCGUUGCGGGUACAUCGGCAUACAGUCGGUUGAUCGAGUACGAGCGCAUGCGAAAGCUGGCAGACGACGUUGGCGCGUACCUUCUCUCUGAUAUGGCUCACAUCUCAGGUCUGGUUGCCGCCGGCGUCAUCCCUUCUCCAUUCCCCCACUCCGAUAUCGUCACAACUACAACACACAAGUCGCUUCGAGGCCCGCGAGGUGCCAUGAUCUUCUACCGCAAGGGUGUACGGAAGGUCGACAAGAAGGGCAACAAGGAGAUGUAUGAUUUGGAAGGCCCAAUCAACGCAUCUGUGUUCCCAGGCCACCAGGGAGGACCUCACAAUCACACCAUCACUGCUUUGGCUGUAGCCCUGCAGCAAGCCUCAACCAAAGAGUUCAAGGACUACCAGCAGCAGGUUUUGGACAACGCCAAGGCUCUUGCUCAGCGUCUUGGUGACUCCAAGGAGAACGGCGGUCUCGGCUACAACAUCGUUUCAGGCGGCACUGACAACCAUCUUGUCCUUGUCGACCUCAAGGACCGCGGCGUAGAUGGCGCACGAGUCGAGCGUGUUCUGGAGCUCGUCGGCGUCGCAUCGAACAAGAACACUGUUCCUGGCGACAAGUCUGCCAUGAAGCCCGGUGGUAUUCGUCUUGGAACUCCCGCCAUGACGACUCGUGGCUUCCAGACCGAAGACUUUAAGCGUGUGGCCGACGUCGUGCACCGCGCGGUUGGUAUCACCCAGAAGUUGGACAAGGAUGCUAAGAAGAAGGCCGAAGACACUGGUCGCAAGAACCCCACCAGCGUGGCUGCAUUCAAGGAGUACGUUGGCGAGGGUGAGGACAUCACCGAGAUCAUCGAGCUCAAGAAGGAGGUUGAAGAUUGGUCAUUACCAACACCGUUCAUCACGGCGAAGCAGACGCAGCUCGACAUGCUAUGGGGAAGAGAUUGCAUCAUUACGGUUGUGCGCACUAUUGUCACGCUCCAUCUCUUCGCCAACUACACCGGAGCCGCAUUGGUGCUCGCCCAGAACAUCACCGUCACGUACACCUCUACGCUCACUUUACCCGUCUUUGAAUGCCUUACUCAUCUACCAACCACUACGACUUCGGCAGUAUCACCAAGAAUGUUUAUCGCUACGACACAACCUAUCUCGACAACCAUCGCAGUACUAUGCCAAACCGCUCCACUUACACCAGUUUCCUCACCUCCGCCAUCCACAACCACAACAGAGCCGACUUGCCUUUCUGAUAUCGAAAUAUCCAUUUACAGCACACCGAGAUACCCUUUGGGGAUUCAACCUGCGACUAUAUCACUCCUGUGUUAUGAUUUCGUUGUCAUUGCGGCGUUUGCGUGGUGUUGGGUUAUGGGCCGGUUUUGGUGGUGGAAGAAAAUCGAUAGGAGGGAUGUGCAGACGGCAAGAGAGACGGAGGAAUGGAGACGAACGCUAGUGGUGAACGAGGAGUUUGAGAGAGAGAUGCGGAGGUUGGGCAUGGUAUGA